ACUGUCAUCUGUCUAUAGUACCAUAACUAUUAGCUAUUUCACUUUUUGUAAAAUUAGAACUUAAUACAACUCACGAAUCUGAACAAAACAUUAAAAUAAAGAGACAAGAAUAUAAUGUUUGAAUAUUAUCUUCUUAUUUCAAGGUCAAAAUGAUGAACUCUUUCCAGAACUCUGUUAAAUAUCUAAGGCUGGUAAAUUUAAAGACAGCUUUAAAUACGCUCAAAGAAUGCAAAACGUUGCCAGUACUAAAAGAACCACAGGAUAUUAUAUCGAAAGCUAGAGUCAUUAACUUUACUCCGCGUAGUAUUAACUUCGGUAUCAACGAUGCUCCGAGUAAGAAACAUCAGGAUCCCAGAACCUACAUACCAAUAGUGAACCCAAGAUCCAUUUUGCCACUGAUUGAAAAUGAAUGGAAAAAGGAUGAGAUUGGUUUACCAGCUCUUGAAAAAGAAGAAAAGCAUGCUGUGAGAUUGAUUGUAAUUAGAAGGAAAAAGAUGAAGAAACAUCAGAGAAAUAAGUUGUGGAAAAGAAUGAGGCAUCGCUGGGCAAGGGUGAAGAAAAAUCGUCGUAUCAAGAAAGAGAAAAUCUUUCAGAACGAGCUUUUCGCGAUGGUCAAAGAGGCAAAUGAAUUUUCUGCCGAACAAUAUGUGACGAGUAAACUAGAGAGAGCCAAUCACACUCCGCUGCCGACACGCUGGAGACACAAACGUCUCCCGGAGUUCAUCAUCAGACAACUGCUGGGGAUUGAUAAGAAAAUUAAUUACAAACACACGGACAAAUACAAGGCUUAGAUUUUGUUAAUGCAUUUGACUUAUUUCUAUUAAAACAUUUUAAUCAUCUAAAAAUAGAUCUAAUCAUUUGAACUUAGUUUAUGUAUAAAUACUUUUCUGUCAUAUAAGUAAGUUUUUUAUUCAAAGCAUUGGAUACAGUUUCUGGACGAAAAAAAAAGGAGUAAGUUGAAUUGCAUUUAAUUAUAAUGCCAGUAUGUUAUUAGGUUCCAUAUUACAUAUAAUAGUUUGGAA